AUGUCGUUCUCCGGUCGCCGCCUUAGUCUCCUGCGCCCAUCAGACAACCGCCGCGCUUCCGCCACCAAAGACCUCUCCACUAACGAGCUUCACUCCGAAACCCAUAGGCAGUUCCGCGCUGCUCACGAAGGCCACCGUCCUCACGCCGGUCUCGACGCUUCCCGUGCCUCCACCGGUGUCGUCUGGUGUACCGAGCGUGCCUCCGAGCAUGGCUACGCCGAAGAUCCUUCCGGCUGGGCCAACCUAGGUCAGGGUGCCCCAGAGGCCGACGAUGAGAUCGAGGGUAGUUUCCCCCGCCCGACGUCGAUCCCCAUUGCUUCCGCCUCGCGGGAAUAUGGCCCGACCGCCGGUAUUAAGCCGCUGCGUGCCGCCGUCGCUCGUCUGUACAACGAUCACUACCGUCAGGGCAAGGAGAGUCAGUAUACCUGGGAGAAUGUCUGUAUUGUGCCCGGUGGUCGCGCCGGUCUCAUCCGUAUCGCCGCCAUCCUGGGUAACUCCUACCUCUCCUUCCCCAUUCCCGACUACUCAGCGUACUCGGAGAUGCUGAGUCUGUUCAAGAAUAUCGCGCCUAUCCCCAUUCCCCUGUCUGCGGACGACCACUACCACAUUCACCCCAAUAAGAUCGCGGAGGAAAUUGCCCGCGGUACCCAGGUCCUGUUGACCUCCAACCCUCGUAACCCUACAGGUCACUUCGUGUCUGAGGAAGAGCUCAUUGAGAUUCAGGAUCUCUGCCGUGACCGUGCAACUCUCAUUCUGGAUGAGUUCUACGGUGGUUACAACUACACAACUGAUUGCGAUGGAUCGACAAUCAGUGGUGCUGCCAACGUCAUCGACGUUGACAAGGAUGAUGUCCUCCUUAUCGACGGUAUGACCAAGCGAUUCCGCCUGCCUGGCUGGCGUAUCGCGUGGGUCGUCGGACCCAAGGAGUUCGUCAACGCCCUUGGAUCCGCCGGCUCCUACCUGGACGGUGGUGCCAACGUGCCCUUCCAGGAAGCCGCCAUCCCCAUGCUGGAACCCAAGCUGGUGCACACGGAGAUGAAGGCCCUGCAGUCGCAUUUCCGCGAGAAGCGCGACUACGUCUUGAAGCGUCUGCAUGAGAUCGGUUUCCGCGUUCAGGACGUGCCCCAGGCGACCUUCUACGUCUGGUUGGAUCUGACCUCUCUCGAUCCCCCCUUGCCUCCCCAGGCUAAUAUCUCCGAUGGUUUGAACUUCUUCAACGCCCUUCUGACUGAGAAGGUCAUCGUUGUUCCCGGUAUCUUCUUCGACUUGAACCCGGCUAAGCGUCGUGAUCUGUUCGAUAGUCCCUGCCACCACUUUGUGCGUCUGAGCUACGGACCCAAGAUGGAUGUGCUGAAGAUGGGUCUGGAUGGUAUUGAGCGCGUGAUUAACCGUGCCCGUGAUCUGGGCGUGGCUAAGUGGGAGGAUGAGGUUGCUGUUACUGAUGAUUAA